AUGUGCCGAGGCUCUCACCUGCCCAGCAAGCACUUAGUGAAGCGCCUCUGGGGGCCAGGCCAGCACCCAGCCCAGGUGGGGGGCAGUCAUCGAGGCCCCCAUGGCCUUCUGGAGAUCGCCAAUCCCCGCCACAGGUUUGCCACGGGUCUGUGCUUGGGCAAGAUCUCUGUGGUGGCCAGGACAGGCGGAGCUCCGUGGAACCCACACAGCCAGGCCGGCCCCUCCCUGGGAUCCCCGACCUGCUCUUGGCACAUCCAGCAGCUGCUCCUCAGUCCUCAGUCUGCAGGACCUCUGAUCACCCCUCAACGCCCAACGGGCUCCACACUGCCUGCCCUCAGUUCAGGGUCCUCAGCCCUAGAGUGUGCCACCCUCAUCAUGGCUCUGACCGCCCAGUACCUGCCCUGCUCGUCUGCGGCGCCCUCCAUGGGCAGGCAGCGCCAGUGCAGUGCAGCAGUUGGCCUGAGGGGCCAGGUGCUCGGUGGGCGGCCCCUGCUGUUCUCACGACCUGACAACCUGACCAGGAAAGCCAAUGCACGCUGCUACUGCUCAGAAAAGCCCCGAGUGCCUGAUGCCUGGCAGGUGGGGUGCUCCCUGGGGGUCUUCGGGGAGCCAGGCAGGCUUUGUGGGCCUCUCACCUGUAAAACGGAAGAAGGCCUGGCUGUCCGCCUUGCUGCAGGAAUAACUGCAGGCCACUCCCCAGGGGUGAGGCCUUGGUACCUGCAAGUUGAGGCGAAGAGACUGAAUGUGACUCAAGUGGAAAUCUCUGUCCUGACUCCCCGCCGCCGGAUACUGGCCAGCAACUUCCUCUCCUAUCAGCCGCCGGAUACUGCGCCGGACGCUAGGGAGAGGCACAGGCUCGUGGACCGACCGCACCCACGUGGUCCAAGCCCCGGGGGUCCCGGCUGCAGCUUCUCGCUUCCCCUGCGCCCAGGUUUGCUGGAGAUCAAGGCGGUAGCUCUGCGGACCGUGGCCAUCAAGGGCGUGCACAGCGUGCGGUACCUCUGCAUGGGCGCCGACGGCAAGAUGCAGGGGCUGCUUCAGUACUCAGAGGAAGACUGUGCUUUCCAGGAGGAGAUCCGCCCUGAUGGCUACAAUGUAUACCGAUCCCAGAAGCACCGCCUCCCGGUCUCCCUGAGCAGCGCCAAACAGCGGCAGCUGUACAAGAACAGAGGCUUUCUUCCGCUCUCUCAUUUCCUGCCCAUGCUGCCCAUGGCCCCAGAGGAGCCUGAGGACCUCAGGGGCCACUUGGAGUCUGACAUGUUCUCUUCGCCCCUGGAGACUGACAGCAUGGACCCAUUUGGGCUUGUCACCGGACUGGAGGCGGUGAGGAGUCCCAGCUUUGAGAAAUAACUGAGGCCAUGCCCGGGCCUCUUCACUGCUGCCAGGGGCUGUGGUACCUGCAGAGUGGAGGCCGUGCUUCUACAAGAGCAGUCCCGAGUCCACGUUCUGUUUAGCUUUAGGAAGAAACAUCUAGAAGUUGUACAUAUUCAGAGUUUUCCAUUGGCCGUGCCAGUUUCUAGCCAAUAGACUUGUCUGAUCAUAACAUUGUAAGCCUGUAGCUUGCCCAGCUGCUGCCCGGGCCCCCAUUCUGCUCCCUCGAGGUUGCUGGACAAGCUGCUGUGCUGUCUCAGUCCGGCUUGAAUACCUCCACUGAUGGGGAACUCACUUCCUUUGGAAAAAUUCUUAUGUCAAGCUGAAAUUCUCUAAUUUUUUUCUCAUCACUUCCCCAGGAGCAGCCGGAAGACAGGCAGUGAUUUAAAUUUCAGGAACAGGUGAUCCACUCUGUAAAACAGCACGUACAUUUCACUCAACCCCAUGUGGGAAUUGAUCUAUAUCUCUAUUUCCAGAGACCGUUUGCCCUUCCCAAACCCCUCCAGGCCAGAACUGACUGGAGCAGGCAUGGCCCACCAGGCUUCAGGAGUAGGGGAAGCCCAGAGCCCCAUUCCAGCCCUGGGACAUCUUGAGAAUUCCCCCUGAGGCCAGUUCUGUCAUGGAUGCUGUCCUGAGAAUAACUUGCUGUCUCCGGUGUCACCUGCUUCCAUCCCCCAGCCCACCAGCCCUCUGCCCACCUCACAUGUCUCCCCAUGGAUUGGGGCUUCCCAGGCCCCCCACCUUAUGUCAACCUGCACUUCUCGUUCAAAAAUCAGGAAAAGAAAAGAUUUGAAGACCCCAAGUCUUGUCAAUAACUUGCGGUGUGGAAGCAGCGGGGGAAGACUUAGAACCCUUUCCCCAGCACUUAGUUUUCCAACAUGAUAUUUAUGAGUAAUUUAUUUUGAUAUGUACAUCUCUUAUUUUCUUACAUUAUUUAUGCCCCCAAAUUAUAUUUAUGUAUGUAAGUGAGGUUUGUUUUGUACAUUAAAAUGGAGUUUGUUUGUAUCAAAA